GGCAAAAGCGACAAGAAAUCGGUGCCGAGCCUGACAGGGACAGGCGCUGGAGCCGGUGGGGGGCUGGUCCGCCUCCGCCGGGCCGAGCGAUCGCCAGCGCUCGCUCUCGCUAAUUCCUGCCCCGGCCGGCAAACCGGGAUCGCCGCCCGCUUCGGACUCCGGUGGAUUUCCAGAUCGCAGGCGACCGGGAGAAUCGGGAUCCCACUGAAUGACUGGCAGCGGGAGACAACUCCGGCGCAGGGUUGAACAGUUUGUUGAAGAGAUUUCCCAGGCUGCACUCAGUCUGACCACUGUUCCUUCUCAGAGCUGUGACUGUGAGGAUGCAUUCCCUGGACGAGCCCUUGGAUCUGAAGCUCAGCAUUUCCAAGCUUAGGAUGAUGAGGGGCAAGAAACAGAGAGUAUAUGAGACGACAGAGGAGAGCAGUGCCCGGAGACAGUUGAAGAUGACAUCUGACAGGACAGCCACCAUCACACCAGCAUCUCCUCAGUCCGUCCAGUCUGGUCCAUCUAUCAGUUCCAAGGAUCAGGAGAAGUUGGACUUGCAUUUCUCUCCUGCCCGGAGGUCAGACUCCAUUGUGGAUCUCCGCCUGUCCCCAGGUUCUGGCCUUGACUCUCCUGCUGGAGCAGCUGCAUUGCCUGAGGAGCUGCAGAAUGGUGACGAUGUGUCACCCAGUGUCAGUACUGAGCCGCAGCCAAUCCGCUUUCUGGAAGGAAGUCAGAGUUCACAGACAUUGCAGUUUUUCCUGCCACUGGGUUCCACCAGCCCAGGGCACCUACCAUCCCCUUUACUGGUGACACCUCCGAAAGAAAUGCAAAACCUGCUGGAGCUCCCGAUGGAGCAGCUGGCCUGCAGGUGGCACAAGGCAGAUUGGUAUCAGGAAGGUUGUCAUGGAUUGAGGCCAGGCCUCUCCUGCAGCUUGCUUUGCACAGCUUCCAGCAAGAUAGUUUUUGGAGCUGUCACAUUGCUUGCUUAA